AUGGCAUCGCCGUCCGAGACCCCGCUGCGCGUCAGCCCCUUCUUCCCGCGUGCGCCGAAGGCCUGCAAGGCCGUGGCCGAGCCCUUCUUCACCUGCCUCCACUCGCAUGGCAAGCAACCCGAAGGCGUGAGCGACCCCGAUGCCGGGACGAAGGCCAUGGCCAUCUGCGCGGCGCAGCUCCAGGCCUACAACCAGUGCGUCGACCAAGCGCUCACGAACAAGCCCAAGAAGCUCUUCCGCGUGCCUGAGGCCUACCGCACUCUGUCGACCGUGCGCUCGUCGCUUGCAUCACCGCGCGCGGAUCGUGGUGUCGCACUAUGGCUACCGGUACCUGGCGAGGCCCUCGGCGCAAUGGGCUCGUGGGCCGAAGACGUGCAACGGGUACACAUUCUCUAUGUCUUAUAA